AUGAAUCAACAAGAUUAUCAUGUUUCAAAUACAGAUGGCAAUAAUGGUCAACUCAUUAUGUGUAUACCUGGUUGCGGCGGAACGGGCAAAUCACAAUGGAUUGUUGCUCUUACAAAACAUUUUCUUCUUACAAGAAGAAAGCAAAUGAUGCGAAAACGUCCACCUAUUGGAAUUGCAGCUGCAGAAAUUGAUGGCAUGACAAUUCAUUCAUUUUUGGGUAAACAACGUAAUUCACAAAAGUCACGUCCCAUCAAACCAGGUGACUCCAAACUUGAAAACGAAUGGAGACCUGUUGAAUAUCUGUUAAUUGAUGAAAUGAGUAUGGUUGGCUUAACUUUAUCAGGAAAACUCAAUAGAAUUAUGUGUUCUGCCAAACAUGACGAUCCACAAGUUCCAUUUGGUGGUGUGAACGUCAUCUUCUUUGGUGAUUAUUUACGAUAUUGA